GGGCACGGGAAAGGCAAAGCAAAAGCAUCAUCGGGGCUGCGAACUAUCGCUAUGACCUGGUGACGACAGUAUGAAAAAGGACAGUCGUGUGCCGCUACAGAAGAGGCCAAGCGUACCCAGACCUAUUUAAUCACGAAUACCAGCCGUCUUUUUCUUCUUCUGUCCUCGCAAUUGAUGCUUAAUACGUCGGAGAGCCAUUGUCGUCUAGACUUUUACCUCUAGCCAGAAAAGAAACAACCCUGAGAGAAGUUACAAGGCAAAAAUAAAUUAAAAAAUAAAAUAAAAUGUCAACCCAACCCCAGAGUGUUCGACAGUCCCAAAGACGAGAAAGGAGGAUGUCGACCAUUAAUCGGUACCAGCGCGACAGCCGACAGACCCGCAUGUCGUCUUCGGGAUGCAAACCGCUCCGCACAGUCUGGCGCGAGACGUACGAAGUCUGGGAUGGCGUCUGCUACGGCGUGGGCAAGGCCUAUUCCAAAAUCACGGGCAAAUGGUGAUCAACGCCUCCAGAGGCCCGGUUCCAGAGGCCGGUUCCAGUGGCGCUGCUACGGUCCACCAGGCCGAGGAGGUAUGCCGAUGCGAGGGGCAGACAGAGAGAAACGUCAAAGAUGACAAGGGCACACGGACGGAGCGACAUGACACACGCCUUGAACACGGACGAUACGCGGGCGGGGGAAUCAAGCAUGUCAAGCCUUUCGAGAUCAGCAUUGCGAACCACAGCAGGCGCGAUGGGAAUAUCCCGUUUGGACGGACGCGAAGAUUGGCAUCGACGGUAGUUUAUCCACUGAUGACGUUGGUCGGGAAAUCUCGAUCAACAACAGGGCAAGCCAGGUCGUCUGCGGCUUCCGGAGGAGGUGGUUCUCCAUCAACUUGACACGGUCCUAAAAGGAAGGGGAUCCUGUCACCCACCGGGGGCGGAGUUAGGAAGGGGUUCAGCGGUUUCGGGGCCCUGGCGGUGUGGCCGCGAGACGGCAACGCGAU